AUGGAGAAAGAGGAGGACUGGAAACGUCAGGAAGAAGAACAGAAAUGUCAGGAGGAAGAGCGGAAACACCAGGAGAAGUUGAAAAAGAUUGAGCGGGCCACAAUGUGGAGGGAAGCGGAGGAGAAGAGGAAUCAGCGCAAGUUCUCUCUUGCUAUCACCCUCAUUGGUAACCCCUCCGAUGUUUUCAUUGAUGAAUUUUCUACGGGAAUAGAUGCAAAGAUGAAAAGAGAUAUGUGA